UUGUUUUGGAGUGAUACGUCAAAGGUCUCGCCUGUCCUCCAGGAAUGCAUCCAGAUACAGCACCAAACGAGGAGAAAUCCAAUUAAGAUUGGGACAUCUUAGAUAAGACGUAUAUUUGUGGAAUUGCUUGGGUGCACCUGCUCUGGACAAUCCCGGGAUUUACCGUUUAUUUUUGACUCUCUGUCCUGGUCUGAAAUAGAGCCGACUGGAUUAAGUUUGUUGUGAAAAGUCACUCAUACACCUAAACCCAAGCCAGAGAUUGUAAAAGCAAGGACUAUGUCUUGCUGCUAGAAGCUAUCUUGGUGACCGACUCUGAUUUAUAUUUGUACAGUCGGUGUUAUUUUUAGUUUCAGAAAACAGGUGAUGGGCGUGUACAGUGUGCAAGAAACUGGAUUUACUAGCUGGGUGUCAAGAGUUUUGCUGUGAGUGACGUCUUAUAGCACCGUGCAUGUGGAGUUGAUAAUCCCUCAAACCCCUGCAUGAAGUCAUAGGAGCGACUGUCCAGUCAAUUUUCACUGAUUAAAGGAAUAAGUGAGCGGUCAGACCAUGGGAGUUGCAAACUCGAGAGACUAUCAACCAACGAUAACAGUUGUGCUCAAAAGACGCAAUGAGCCCCUGAAGAAAGACAAGCCCAAGUGGAAAAGUGACUAUCCUAUGACGGAGGGCCAGCUGCGCAGUAAAAGAGAUGAAUUUUGGGACACGGCUCCAGCUUUUGACGGCCGUAAAGAGAUCUGGGACGCGCUGAAAGCUGCAGCGGUAGCGAUUGACUGUAACGACCAUGAACUAGCGCAGGCUAUUGUAGAUGGAGCCAGCAUCUCACUGCCUCAUGGAUCCCUUAUGGAAUGCUAUGAUGAACUGGGCAACCGCUAUCAGCUCCCUGCGUACUGCUUGGCUCCUCCAGUCAACCUGGUCUCUGAGUGCAACGAUCAUAAUGUGUCUGAACACACUGAGCCACAGGAGAAGAAAGAGAAGGAGUUCCAGUUGAAGGUGCGUCUCUCCACCGGAAAAGAUCUUCGCAUCAGCGCCACAAUGGCCGAUUCCAUCCGUCAGCUGAAGAAACAGCUUCAAAUUCAGGAAGACAUUAAUACCACCAAUCAGCGCUGGUUUUUCUCUGGAAAGCUCCUCACGGAUAAAACACGUUUACAGGACACCAAGAUCCAGAAGGACUUUGUAAUACAGGUCAUUGUUAAUCAGCCCAUUGUUCCCAACUAGAAAGCUCAUAAAACUGUAAAGCAGGACUCAAUAAACUCACACCUUUACGGAUGCUUACAGUAUAUGUUUCCAUAUAGCCCACUGAUCAGUUUCUUCUUCCAAAUAUGAUGCACAAACAUUUCUUAUAGAAACUUUGUAAAAUUGCAGCAUGCUAAAGUGUGUUAUACUAAAUUACCAUAGAUACCUUGCCUUCUUGGUUUUAAUAUCCAUAUGUUGUGUGGAUAUUCAUUUCCAUAUUCUAUAUGGUAUCAUUUGCCUUGAUCUUUGAUACAGUCUGCUGUCUUUUGCUGAUAAGGCAUAGACUAUUUUCAAGAGGGUGAAUUUACAGUGCAAGGAUUUUUCAAUCUUAUUAAGACACUUUUUAAAUGGUUAUUUCAUCAUGAUGCCAUUUUGAUUUUGUUCAAUCAUUGAUUGUUCGGAGGCUUAUUAAUCUUUCUGUUACAUCUGUCUUAUCCAAGAAAAGAGAUACUUGGUACUGUGUCAGAUUUUGCUUUGCCAGUCAUAAAAUUUGUGUUUAUAUUCCGAAGCA